ACCGUGACACAUGUCACCCCCGCUGCCCCUCCAAAUGGUCACAAAUGGAAAGUUGCAGUAAAUUUCUGCAGAAACGUCCAGCGGCCUCCUCAUGGGAAUUGCACUGGCAAUUAAGUACCCCUGCUGUUUUUAAAGAUAAGCAUGAGAUCUAUUAAGGCCCAAAUGGGAAGUAAUUAAGGCGAGAAAACAUAAACGAGAAGGACUAGUGCCCAAGAAUGAAAACACCCAAGGUCUGUAAAUAUAGUUGUGGCACAGGAUUUAGCUUAUAAAUCCUUAGACAUGGAGAGCUUUUGCUAUUUGCAAUUUUUAUUUCGUUUCGCUCGAGUGAUACAUUUUGGAUUUGCUGUGGAAACCAGGAAUUUUUUAAUCAUUGGGGGCUAAAAGAAAACAAACAGGAGGUUGAAGGGUGGCAGAGAUACAGGAGCUGUGCAAGAAUGGGUGGAGGGAAAGAAGUGGGACGUCCUAAGCGUCUUUCUAUAGUAUGCACAUCAGCAUUGCCCCCUUGUUCACAUUCGUAAUACAGUUUACAUUGGUGCAAGAACUGCCAGAGACCUGUCUGUGCUAAAACAAGAGCUCCUAAACAGUCUGUUGCAGAUACAAAGCAAACGAGAGCGACUUUGAGAAGAUAAAAGGUUAUCUUUUUGUGCAACUGGACAUCAAAAACUACAUCAAGUGAAAAGCCUGCCUGUAGAUUAAAAACUGUUACACAGAGCAUAAAUCUUCUCGAGCAGCCUCAAGGACAGGACGUGAACCUCCUUGACCUCUCUCUUUGAUUGGCUGCCUUCCUGAAUGACUUUAGAGUGUGGAGUUUUACAACAUCCAGGCAUUUGUUCAUCCGUCCAGCUGCGUGUGUGUUCUCCUCUGUUAGUGUUUUGAAGCCUGUAACUAUGAAGGCCACAUAUGUGCUACUUUGCGUGGGUCUGGUUGUUCUUCCUGCUACAAUCUGUCAGUCUCCUGCUGAACGUGACACUUACACAGAAUGUACAGAUGGCUACGAGUGGGACGUGCAAACUCAACUCUGUCGAGACAUAAAUGAGUGUGAUACCAUACCGGGAGCAUGUCAGGGAGAGAUGAAGUGUUUUAAUCACUAUGGUGGUUACCUGUGCCUUCCUCGCUCUGCCUCUGUUAUUACCGCCCCUGAGCCAUCCAGCGAAUCAGAGCCCAGUCUGCCUGUGGAAACCAGUGAGGCCUUUAACCCCUGCCCAGUCGGCUACAGAGCCCAAGGAGAUGCCUGUGUUGACAUCAAUGAGUGUGAGCUGAACCUGCAUGACUGCCAGCCCAGUCAACAGUGCAUCAACACAGUGGGAACCUUCACCUGUCAGUGCCCUGAUGGCUACAGUAAGAUUGGCAUAGAGUGUGUGGAUAUCGAUGAGUGCAGGUACAGGUAUUGUCAGCAUCGCUGUGUAAACAUCCCUGGGUCUUUCUCUUGUGAGUGUGAGCCCGGAUUCCAGCUGGCGGGAAAUAACCGAUCCUGCGUGGAUGUGAACGAGUGUGAGAUGGGGGCACCGUGUCAGCAAAGAUGUUACAAUACUUAUGGUACAUUCCUAUGUCGCUGUGAUCAAGGCUAUGAUCUUGGAUCGGAUGGCUUUUCAUGCAAUGAUACUGACGAGUGCAGCUAUUCCAGUUAUCUUUGCCAGUUUCAGUGUGUGAAUGAACCAGGAACAUUCUCCUGUGUUUGUCCAUAUGGCUAUGAGCUACUCGGAACGAGACUAUGCCAGGAUGUGAACGAGUGUGAAGCUGGCACCCAUCAGUGUGGGGAGGGACAGACCUGUGUGAACAUACAUGGUGGGCAUCAAUGUGUGGACUCAAACCGCUGCCAGGACCCCUACAUGCAGAUGUCAGAGAAUCGCUGUGUGUGUCCCGUGGUGAAGCCAGAGUGCCGGGAUUAUCCCUUCUCGAUUGUGUAUCGGUACAUGAGCAUCACCUCUGAUCGUUCGGUUCCCUCAGAUAUCUUUCAGAUCCAGGCCACCAGCGUCUAUCCUGGAUCCUACAACACAUUUCGUGUCAGCUCGGGGGAUGACAAUGGAGACUUCUAUAUACGGCAAAUCAACAACAUCAGCGCCAUGUUGGUGCUGGCCCGGCCAGUGACUGGACCAAAAGAGUACAUCCUUGAUCUGGAGAUGAUGUCUAUCAAUCCUGUCAUGAACUACCAGACCAGCUCUAUACUCCGCCUGACUGUUUAUGUUGGGCCUUAUGCUUUCUGAGGAGAUCGAUGGAGAGAUAAAUAUCGAAAAAACACCGAAUUUUAAUACUAUAUGAUAUGUUAUUUUUAUUCAGUAUGCUUGUGGCUGCUUUUAAUAUCUUGACAUUCAGCAAUGCUGUUCCAAGAAUUCACGGGUGAAAUCAUCUUGUUUUGUGUCUGUCUUUGGCCUUUAAGUGUGGGCCUAUUCUUGGAAGUGCUAAAGCUGAACGUGCUGAACGUUCAUUUCUUCUCACUUUGUCACCGUGGACUCAUUCUCACACAUACAUGCACCAUACAAGUACACGCAGACACACACACAAACAGUGGUAUUGCUUCUAGGUGAUGUGCCAUUAGAAUUAUAAGAAAAAUAUAUGACAUUUCAUAUGUAAGAUAUAAAUAUAUUAAAUACUAAAUACUUGUGUAUUAACUUUUGUACCACUUUAAUCUCAUAGAACUAACUACAGAUAGAUCCAACACUAAAUUUUUUAAAAAAAAAAUA